GAACCUUUCGAAACCCUUCAACACAAGAUCGCUGCCGUAGCUGCUCUUUGCUUCGAACAGGAUGUUUCUAGUAUUAGGGUCGAGCACAUGAAGGGUGGCAGCUACAAUCGAGUCGCUGCUCUCACCAUCUCGCCGCGACCCAAACGGACUCGCCUGACCUGGUUUCACGCAUUAUUGCAGACCCUUUUUCCAUCUUGGUAUCAAGGAGCGCUUCAAACAUCAGAGUCUCCAGAUUCCAAAUCUUAUAUUAUUCGAAUCCUUCGUUUCGAAGGCGAGGACGAGGACUUUGGUGUGAACCGCGAUGUCGCGAUUCUCAAGACUGUUGGGGCACUUCUUGAUUUGCCGAUUCCAACCGUAGUGAGCUACGACCCAACUUCUAAUAACGCCAUGGGAAAACCCUACAUGAUCCAAUCUCGUCUCCCAGGUAAAAACCUGGCCGCCCUCAUGAACGAGAAGACCCUGAACAUAGAGCAGCUGAAGUGCAUCGCCAAACGAGUCACUGAACUUGUCCCUAAGAUUGCCGCAGUAGAGGGACCAGGCGGGGCUAUUCCUUUAAAUGCGCUUUCCUCCGACUCGACACAACUUCAGGUAGAAAGCCUCCACUUGCAGCACGACAAGUUGGGGGAUAAGUUGUUUAGGCUACCCGACGAACCUCAAGAUACAUACGAGCACCUACUUGAACAAUGUCGACGAUGGAGCGAAUAUCAUCGGGAAAACAGCUACUUCACUUUUGGCGAAAUCUGGUGCAACUUCGGUCGGAUCGUCCAAUCGCUGGACGAGCGCGGCUUCCUCGAGGGACCCUGUGUACUGGCUCACCGGGAUCUCAUGGCAUAUAACUUACUCGCGGAGGUUCGCAGCAACACCGACGUCGAAAUCACCGGCGUUAUAGAUUGGGACUCUGCUCUCAUGGUGCCAGAGUUCGUCGCCUAUCGAGCUCCUUUUUGGCUGUGGACCGAAGACCAUAUCGCUAGUGAUAUUGCUGACGACGAAAUCAUGGUAAAUACAUCACCUCACUCGGAAACAUGCAAGAUUCUUAAGCAGGUCUUUCUUGACAAUGCGUCAGAGAAGUUUAAGCGGUUUGCGUUCUCGCCUGAGGCUAUGCUUGCUCGCCGCAUGUACGUCAUCAUCAAGGAGGGUAUUGCCUCUGAUUGGUACAUGGAUGAGGCAUGGGAUAUUGUUCGUGACUGGCAUCUGCUCCACCCGGACGAUGGAAUACAACUUCCAGAG